AAGAAAUAAGGGAAGAGAAAAACAAACGAACCCUAGCACUAGCAAUGAGACCAUGGGCAUUAACACCUCGACACGUGAACUGCUCAGUUCUUCAUACACACGGCGCAAAACAAGAUGACUGUGUAAAGCUUAAAUAAAUAAGAACACAGCACAGGACGAGCCACUGUUAACACUAUUCCACAGACGGAACACAGGAACAGAUGAGUGAAUUCUUAGUAAAGUUAUAUAGAGCAAACCUAGGAUUCUGGAACUUCUGUACGGUUGCAAUGAAACCAUACAAAACGUGAGAGGUUGUAGACUUAAACCAUAAAACAAGCAUUACACUAACAGGAAUAUGACACAUAUACGCAAUGCAUUACAAGAGGGCUGUGAUAUUGUUACUAAGAUAUACAAGGGACUAAGGUGUAAUGGAACUGUUUUGUGGAGAACUGGAGAACUCAAGAGUCUGGGGUUGUGGCAGAGUUUCACAGAAACAACACAUGGUUUCAAUUGGAGUCUAGUAGCGAGUCGACAACUGCUGGAAAAAAAGACACCUACAGCAUCAUAAGAUCUUUUAUUAUUGCAAUGUUUCCAUCUCCUUAGAGACUUUAUAAAGCCUCUUGUAGAUGAAAAGUUGUAAUAAUAAAACGUGUUAUUUGCUUUAAGUGUCUUGGCCUCAGAAUCCCAGAGAUGGAUGAGGGAAACAUGACCAAGAUUUUUUCAUUGUUUUCCCAAAGUGUUAUCCAUAAAUAUCUCCUUUCUAUUUCAUUAUUUCAUCUGCAUUUUUAAUAACAAAUCCAGAAUUAGGAAUGCUGUUUCGAUAUUUUUUAAAUUUAAUUUAAAAAUCUUCGAUAUUAUUAACAUAAAGGCUUCAGUUUUUAAAUAUAUGUAAUUCUGUUUUACAAGAGUCUGAUAUGAGAUAUCUAAAAAACAAGCUUCUUUUAACGUAAUAUAUUAUCCAUUUACGGACAUAUAAUAAGACAAAUUUAAAUGCCUACUGAUACUUUACAUUAAUAUUUUAAAAGAACUAAAAAGAAUCCCGGUUAAAAGUUUUUUUUACUAAGAACUCCGUCAAUAAUUAUAAUUUAACCCCUUUAGGGACUAUUAGAUUGGACUGCUCAAAGGGUUUUAUAUAUUUACAGGCGGAUCUUAUAUGGAUAAUCAACUGUACAGUUAAAUGGUUCAUUUAAAUGAUUUGUUCAAUUUAAAUGAUUUAUUCUCGUCUUUACAACUUGGAUAUUCGAUUUCGUUUUUCAUCAAAGAAUCUCCCGUGGAUGAGAGAUACGGAUCCGCAUGUACCACUCGUGACCACUGCCAAGAUGCAGGAGGAAGAUGCACGAGAGCAUGCAGUGAGGCGAGCGAAGAAGAAAUAGCCAACGGCUGCCACGGGACCGGCUGCAUAUGUUGCGCUCCUAAGAAAACGAGUUGUAGGCGUAACGAAGAAUGUAGGGAGGCAAAGGGAAAGUGUCAGUCAAGUGCUUGCAGUACCACUACUCAACGAGAGAUCUUCAAUGGCUGUCGUGGAAGCAAGUGUCACUGCUGUGCUCCUAAAGUUUCUUCCACAGCAUGUGUUGCCAAACACGAGUGUAGGGAGCACCAAGGCAAGUGCUCGUCAACACGAUGCAAAAGUCAUGAAAGACAGAUACGCAAUGGAUGCAAAGGAUCUGGCUGCUUCUGCUGCACUUCUUUCAUCCGUGACACGGGUGACGCCGCAGCCAACGAAACAAACGAGGCAACGGCAAACGAGAAUACUAUUGUCAGAGGAAAUGAAGAAAAUGUAGAAGCCAUUGUAGGAGAAGAAGAGGAGGAGGAAGCGGAGGAGGAGGAAGCGGGAGAGGAGGAAGAGCAGUAAAAAACUUGUAUAUACCCUCCCGCACACCCACCCAUCCACACCAGGGGCAUUUUUUUUCUCUAGGUUUGCAAAUAAAUUCUACCUGUUAUGCAUGUGAAGGAAAAUUUUUCACAUGCUAUUCUCUUGGAGUUUUUAAUACAUUUCGUUGUUUUGGGUUUGUUGUCUUUGACGCAAUAAAAAAUUGAAGAAAA